AUGGUACGCCUCAAGCUCGUCAUCUUCACGAGGCCGGGCGGAACACGUGGAAGUGUGAAUGGCCAUGUUAACGUCGAUGAUGUCCUCGUGCCACAGACCGAGAAGGCUUUCCAGAAACAGCCCACCAUCUUCCAGAACAAGAAGCGUGUUCUGGUCGCAGAUGGGGGCAAGGAGGUCAAGGAAAAGCUCCCCCGCUACCACAAAAGUGUGGGGCUGGGCUUCAAAACCCCAAGAGAGGCUAUUGACGGCACUUACAUUGACAAGAAAUGCCCAUUUACUGGAAAUGUCUCCAUUCGUGGCCGUAUCCUCUCUGGUGUGGUGACCAAAAUGAAGAUGCAGAGGACCAUUGUUAUCAGACGUGACUACCUGCAUUACAUCCGCAAGUACAACCGCUUUGAGAAGAGGCACAAGAACAUCUCUGUCCAUCUGUCACCGUGCUUCAGGUACGACGCCGCUCGCAGGCUUUUAAUUCAAAACAUGCAACAGUCAGAAAUUCAGUUUCAAGGAAAGUAAUGCUAUUCAGUUUCG